CAACAUUCUCUUGGUGCUUGGCUCGGUGGACGCUUUCACGUGCAAAGUCGAUUCAGGUAUUUUGAUAUAGUUUAAAACAUAUUAAAGAUGAGUUCUAGCGAAUGUUACAAAUGUCACAAGACCGGGCACUUUGCUCGUGAUUGUCAAUCGGGCGGCGAUAGCCGUGGAGGUGGCUAUCGUGGAGAUUCUAGAUCAUCAUCUCGAGUUUCCUGUUACAACUGUGGCCGAAGUGGCCACUUUGCUAGAGAAUGCCGCGAGUCUGAUAAGACUUGCUACACCUGUGGAAAAGCUGGUCACAUCAGCAGAGAAUGUGAUCAAGAUGACAGGAGGAUAAGCUGCUACCAGUGUGGAAAAUCUGGCCAUGUAUCCCGAGAUUGCCCUGGAGAAAGAGAGAGAGAUGACCGAAAAUGCUAUUCCUGCGGAGAUUCUGGCCACAUCAGUCGAGAUUGCCCCGAAGGUGGAAAUGCUGGAGAUGACGAUACAGUAUGUUACCGCUGUAACGAAAAGGGACAUAUCGCUCGCAAUUGCAGUUCCAGCCGAUCUAACAAAUGCUAUUCGUGUGGCGAAGUUGGUCACAUUGCCCGCGAAUGUGAGAUGAAGGCCUAAGCCUAAGUUGCUCCCGCCUGCCUACGUUGCAGCCUUUGGUAUCUUAAAGAAAAUGGUCUACACUAUUUGGUAAGAGCGGGAAGGAAAAUAAGAAGUCCUCGACGUUCCUAAUUUGGCCUUUUAAGCCUUUUUCAGAAGUUUGAUUCAAGUAAAGUGCCGUAAAUAUUCGAAAGAGCAGAAAGGAACCACACGUUAGGACUAGACGAAUGCACACAAAUCAGAUACGGAACUGAACUGGUCGAUGUAAUCUUCCAUGUUUGGUAUUUUUCAUUCUGAUCUGCUUGCAUUAGAAAAUUGUUUCAUCAUUUUGUUAGGACUUUUCAUGUGGUUUUAUAAUUCCAGGUUGUCAUCGUUCAGGAGGGAUGCCAGCUAUAAUAUCUUUUUUUUUUUUCUUCGAUUAUCUCGGCAUGUUUUUGAACUGUAACUUUUUAAAACUUAAAACAAAAAUGUUGAAUAAUUUUGCAAGUGCGCAACAUUUUUUUUUCCUUUUGAUUUGUGGAUAUCCACCAUUGCAUACAGUGAGUGCAAAUAAUUUUUCUUUGUCAACCCAUAGGAACUUGAAGUAACGAUCUAUCUUCAGGAUGUAAUUCAGGGUUUAUAAAAUUGAACCUUAUUUUUGUAUUUUAAAUGUUACCAUUAUGAAAAUUAAUAAAUCUCUUGCACUUGUUAUAAA